UCGGCUGCCUAUAAUCCGCGGUUUCGAUUUGUCAAGAGGACCAACGGAUAUUUUCGAGUAGCAGUGAAACCUUUUAGUGAAACCUAAAAGUCAGACCACACUGUUGUGUAUUUUGGGCGUGCUGUGUGAAGCGCAUUAUUCUCUGUUGAGUUGAAACCUGGAGGAAGAAAGAGAUCGCCUUGAUGGCACACACACCGGGCUUCUUAUGAGGGUGCAGAACAUCCCAUGGCGUGAGCACAGGACUAAAGAACAGAUUUACGGAGACAUUCCACCUAUCUCUGCUAUUGUUGCUCAACGACGAGUUCGCUUUGCUGGCCACUGCUACCGUGCUGUAAACCAGGUCAUAUCUGACGUAUAUGUUGGCGACUUCCAUGCCCUAAUAGAGGACGAAGACCCUUCAACUACAUUGAUGUGAUUGGCAGAGACACCCAAUGCGAAAUUCAAGAUCUUCCGCACAUAAUGAGGGAUAAAGACACCUGGCGUGGCGCUGUGAACGAGAUCUCGGUUGCGACUGCUAGACGAUGACAAAGAAAGUGUGAAAGUUGGACUGCUUUAAAAAAAAAAAUACUGCGCAUGUCGCCAAUUCAAUGAGCACACAUUAUCUGACUAAGGUCCGCAUGUACCGGAUUUCAACAAGUCCAACAUUCAUGUAUUGGCCUAUUGCUGUAAUUUUCAUCAUCGCUUCACAUAAUGUGCGUCUGCCUUCUGUUAUACGAGCGAACGAGGCGUAUGUGGUGUCAUCGACCGUCGUUGCCAUGAUAACGAAUCUCGGAUGCGGUGAUGCGUGACUUGUUUUCACAAACGUCACUAUUCGUCGUAGGCGUGCGUGCGCGCACACACACAUCAUCGCACGUACACAUUUUCGUCAAGCAUUGACACCUGCGAGAGGAACGUGUUUUCGCAAUUCGUUGUUUGUAGAGAGUGUAACGCAUGUCGUCACUUGACAGACCAUUAGCCUAUAUACUCGAUUUCGCCCUGUCUGUUAGUCCGUCUUUUCAGGGGUUGCUUUGAAGGGUUGGUUAAAGUCGCCAGCUUGCAACUAUCUACGAUUCGUCUGUAAGAACUUGAAGGUGUACCCCUCAUUGAAGGGAUACAUACGCAUCAUGGCGAAUGGCAUGGUGCAGCUAGUUCUCAGCCUUGUUGCUGGUAUGACUUUCGGUCUGGCAGUGGAAAAGAGCCGAGUGUUCGAGCCUGCCACGAUCCGAGAUCAGUUCGUCUACUCCCGGUUCAUCAUGCUCAAGGUCUUCCUCUCCGCCCUGACCACAAGCAUCAUCUGCUUCUGCCUGCUGGCACUCAUCCCGCCGACCCGGAAGCACUUCCUUCAGAUCCGUCAGGGUUACCUGGCCUGUCUGACCCGCAAGGGGGCGCUCGUGGCGGUCAUUGGAGGGAUGACCCUGGGCGCAGGCAUGGCGCUCUCUGCUUCGUGUCCUGGCAUCGUUCUGGCUCAAAUCGGAACUCUGGUGCCAAGCUCAGUUUACACUCUGCUGGGCUGUUUCGCCGGAGUGGUGAUCUAUGCACUGACAGAGUCUUCAGUGAUUAACUUGUUCGCCUCGACGCCCCGUAGGCCUCAAACAGUGGACCGGUACCUAGGGAUCCCGUACCCUCUGCUAGGCGUCACUACGGCUGUACUGACGUCAUCUGUUGUCUUCAUCUUCGAAUCCUUGUUUCCAUGGCAAACUGAAUAUAAGGGUUGGAAUGUGGGAUCAGGGGAUUCGUUCCUAUCGCAACGGUCGUGGCCGCCAUACAUGUCAGGCAUUUUGAUCGGUCUGCUGCAAGUCCCUGUGAUAUUCACGGUGGGGGACACUGUGGGGGGAAGUCAGAGUUUCUGCACCCUAUUGUCACAGUUUUUAGUCACCAAGAAUAUGGAGCAGAGGAUACCGUAUUUGGCGCAGUACAAACGGGGUAUCGACAACUGGUGGCAGGUGUUGUUUGUACUAGGGGCAGUUGGCGGAGCGUACAUAUCAGCAAUGUCUUCCAGUUCCUUGGGCGUGGCUGGCGGGGUACCGCCCACUGCCGCCUUUGUGGGUGGGGCCUUGAUGCUGUACGGAGCCCGAAUGGCAGGCGGAUGUACUAGCGGACACGGCCUGUCUGGCUUCGGCCUCAUGAUGGCGCUCUCCACAGUCACCGUUCCAGCCAUGUUUGCUGGUGGCACGGCGAUGGGCUUUUUGGUCCGUUACCUUGGAAACGUAUCAUAAGUUUGCACAGGGGAGUGGAUAUAGCCAAAUGUAUAUGGAGUUUAACAAUCGUUUUCCCCAAAAUAACUAUGAUUAUUGCUCGAAUUAUAUUCAGUUAAUUUUUAACUCAAAUUUUAUUAGCUAAAUUUUUUAUAAUAUUUUUUUUGGGAAAACGAUGUUAUUAACUAUUGUUAUUGUUUUUUAACUACACAGUUCGUUUCUGUUAUACAUAAUUCACCAACAUUAUAGAUUUAGCUAACUGCAACUAUUAUGAUACAUUUACAUGGAGUAAAUGCAUCUCUGAAUAUCGCAGUCGUAUUUAGACCAGAUGAACAAAAUAACUUGUUGUUGUUAAAAUAGACUAAGUUACUUUAGUAUCCCGUGGUGUAGGCCUAUACAUUCAUUGACCAGCAUAGCUUUUUGUAUACCUGUCGUUAAUUUAUAGUUGUACAAUUCCUUCAACUGGAGAAAGAACAGCAGCUGAUAGGAAACCUUAACUUGAAAGUUAUAGUUCAUCAAACGUCGAAACAACACUGACUGUAAACUCAGUGAUGUUGGUCUCUUUGCUGAUGAGGUUUUAACAUUUUCCUUUUUCCUCCGAAUAAACUUAAUCGAGAUUAGAACAUUUUUUCAACCCUUGAGUACUAUAACGAACCUAUGUUUGUUUACGGAAUUUCUUUGUUCAGGACGAACUGUUGUGUAUGCAGUUUACACAUUAGUGGCCAUUCCUUGGCGGUUUUGGAAUUCAACAACCAUUUCGUUAAUUUCAGAUGAUAUUCCGAACAAUUUGUGACAUUACUAAUUCCAUUGCCUUGUUGCCUUGUGGAAGCCUGAGCGAAUACACAAUGUUUAAUUUGAUGAUGUUUAAGGUAUAGUUCAGAAGAACCAACAACAAGGAAGUCGGCGUGGGCGAUAUGUGAGGAUAGAGAAUAACAAGUCACACGUGAACUUUCCGAGACGGAAGACCAUUCACGAAGUAACUAUGUGUAUCCUAGGCAGGUAAAUAUGUAAAUUCUAAAGUGCCGAUUUACCAGAAAUUCGACUUUUAGCCAGUGAAUGGUCUUCUAAUGAUACUUGACCCUCUAAACAUGGGUUAGACGCCUUCCUUGUGUAGUUAUGUGCUAUAUUGGCCGAGAUUUGCC